AGCUUUACGUGGCAGUACCAGUGAAGCUCUGUGUUCAACUUAAAAAUAGCCCCGACUAGCUGCUGUCUCUGCUCAUGGAGAGAGAGUCUGUCUAGCAUUUGUACACAGACUCUUAAUGGUGCUGGUGGUGGAUUUAUUAGCGUUGAAUAACGUCAGUUCGAAGCGAGAAUGUUAACGUUUUCGGAGCUCGUCGUCCUGCUCGGUGUUUUCUGCUCUGCAGCGAGCGGCUACUUCGUUAGCAUAGAUGCUCACGCGGAAGAGUGCUUCUUCGAGCGCGUGAACUCGGGCACUAAGAUGAGCCUCAUGUUCGAAGUAGCCGAAGGAGGCUUUUUGGACAUCGACGUUGAGAUAACUGGUCCAGAUGGGAAGCAGAUUUAUAAAGGAGACCGUGAGUCCAGUGGGAAGUACUCCGUGGCUGCCCAUAUGGAUGGCACUUAUAAAUUCUGCUUCAGCAACAAGAUGUCCACCAUGACCCCCAAAAUUGUGAUGUUCACCAUUGACAUCGGAGAAGCCCCCAAGGGUCAAGACAUGGAGACAGAGGCUCAUCAAAACAAGCUUGAAGAGAUGAUCAACGAGCUGGCUGUGGCCAUGACUGCCGUCAAGCAUGAGCAGGAGUACAUGGAGGUCCGAGAAAGAAUACACCGAGCAAUUAACGACAACACCAACAGCAGAGUUGUGCUGUGGUCAUUCUUCGAAGCCCUGGUGCUCGUUGCCAUGACCCUUGGACAGAUUUACUACCUGAAGAGAUUUUUCGAAGUACGGCGAGUCGUGUAAAAAAAUAAAGAAAUAAACAAACACGCUUCCUCUCCACUAUCAAGACAGUCUUUCAGCUACUCCAAGGAUUGGCUAUCCAGCCUCGACACUUUCAGAAGAGUACUACUUAUCGUCAAUCAGUUUCCAUUAUUGUCUUUACUUAUUGUGUUUGUUUAGAUUUUGUUUAGUUUGUUUGGGGAGCUGUGAUCAGGCAAAUCUUUGUGUUCACUUUUAAUUUCUUUUAACCCCCAGUUCUUACUAAGCUGUUUUAUUUGUUGGAACUUAUUUGUUUUUGCUUCUUGUCUAAAUUAAUUGACUUGAUGGACAAACCAUGAUAUAAAGAGGGUGUAUUGGCUGUUGCUUAGGAAAUGCUACAAGCAUUGCAUGGUGUAAAUUUCACGCUAUUGUUGAAUGUUUUCAAUGAAUGAUUUGGUUGUUGACUUGAAAUGAAAACGAUUCACUGUAAUUAAAUGGUGACAAACCCCCAUUGUAGGCUUUAAAACUUCUUUAACUUACAUGGCACAUAAUUAACGUGUAAUAGCCAACCUAUGGAAUAUGACUGUUUACGUAUUAAAAUGGCUUUAUUGUAUUUUCAGAGGUUUAAGUAUAAUUUGCAUUUUGGGGGUUGUUUUCUGUUAAGUGGGGAGGGGAGUAAUUUAUGUACUUUUUUACUGUUACAUGUCUGUAUGGACAUUUAAUUUGCUAUACAGAAAGAAAAUUGGCCAUGACUACUGCAGAUUUGAUGGUAAAACUGUACAAUAUUGUAAAGUAGAAUGUUCAAGUGAAUCAAAUAUGAAUUUGAUUUAAUAAAACAUGAUGUUCUUUGAAACAGUG